AUGGAUUUGGCCGAACAACUUAAACCAUACAUAGCCCCUAAUCCGAAAUCCCCUAAUUAUAGAGCUUUGAGCACAGAAAAAAAGCUUGCAAUUACUCUAUACUAUCUUAAAGAUACUGGUUCUUUAUUAUUGACAGCCAACUGUUUUGGGAUUGCAGUAAAUACCGUCUCUUUAAUUAUUACACAAGUGUGCGAAAAUAUUGUUUACCACUUAGGACCAAUCUAUAUAUCUCUACCGAAAACAAAAACCGAAAUGAGACAAAAGGUAGCUGAGUUUGAAUCCAAGUUUGGUAUGAUUCAAGCUUUUGGUUGUAUAGACGGUACACAUGUGCCAAUAGCCUGUCCUGUUGAAAACUCUCAGGAUUAUUUUUGUUAUAAACAAUAUUAUUCCAUGAAUGUUCAAGCAGUAUGUGAUUAUAAAGGAAUGUUUAUGGAUGUAGAAUGCGUUUGGCCUGGAAGUGUUCACAAUAGCAAAGUAUUUGCAAACUCAUCCAUAAACAGAAAACUACGCAAUGGUUCCUUACCAGGAAUAUUUCAAUCAGUAUUACAUGGAUACGAAAAAAUUGGAACAUAUAUUAUUGGUGAUCCAGCCUACCCCUUGACUCCCUUUUGUAUAAAAGAGUAUCAAACUUUUGAUUAUGACAGUGUAAAUAAGCAAGUUCAGCUAACUAAAGAUAUUGAAGAAACUUAUAUUAAUCAACCAAACCCAGUAUAUUCAAAUAAUACAGCAGAAGGAGAAUUCACAAGAACAUUGCUUACAUCUUACAUUUCAGAAUGUUUGCCAAACUAA